GCAGACACAUAUUGGCAAUGUUUAUUAAAUAUUCCACACAGAAUUUUAUAAAUGCGCAGACUGAUCGCGAGCGACUACCAAGAGCUUAUUCAUUGUGCCAAAGUUUGUGGACCGGUGAACACAUCCAUAUUAGUUGACGACUUCUACUUGUAUUCUUCUAAAUUUCGAACUUUGGCAUUUUCGUUGUGCGUGGCAUAAUAAAUUAAUGAAUCGAAGCAGUAAUCAACGGCAAACAUGUUAUCGAGGCAUUUAAAGCAAAGUCAUCACAUCGGUUGGCGUCAUUUGCGCGUUUCAAGGGUACUAACUUUUGCAGCGCAAGUAGAGUCUAAGCAAAACAAUGCAAGUGAUGUGGACUUGGAGAACGCACGGCCGUACUCAGAAGUGCCUGGGCCAAGCAAAUUCGAGUUGAUACGUUUAUUUAUGCCUGGAGGUUUAUUUUCCAAAAAACCAUUUUUUACUGCCAUUCGGGAAAUGGAAAAGACAUAUGGACAGAUUUUUCGGUUUCCCGGCAUAUUUGACAAACCUGAAGUUGUAAUUAAUUUAAACCCCUCGGAUUAUUCGAAUAUUUUUCGUAAUGAAGGAUUAUGGCCCGAUCGCCGCAUUUUCGAAACUAACCUUUAUCAUCGUGAAAAACAUCGGCCCGAAUUGUUUAAGGGAGUCGAGGGUAUUGUAUCCACGUGAGUAUCCUAACCCGUACACAUAUAGAUAUCG